AUGCCAAUGUCGAAGCCAAGCCUGAUGUUCUUGAAGCGGCAGUCUCACUCCCUCCUAAGCGAGGAGUCAGAGGAGUCGCCCGACAACUUCGCCCGAUAUCGCCGUCGAAUGCCACGUGUGCACACUCUGCCAGCAGAGAUGUCUGCCUGCCCGACAUUGCUGUCCCGGCUUUCCGCUCACAGCUGCAAAGCAGCAGGCCAUCCAGAAGACGAUGCCGAUGCUUCCUCGCCUACGUCCUCUCCAACCAAGAGGAUUGAUGUGGCGAAAGUUCCGGGCAUCACCGAGCUGGCCAGGCUUUACGACGGCUUGCCGCGUUCUUCCGAGGGCGACGCAAGCUUCGCAACAGUGCAAGAAGCUGUGAAAGAGCUGAAUCGCAGAUAUCAGGUCGGAUUUCACGCUGGUGAUGCGGAGCAGCUGCACACGAUGUUGACCGAGAGCGGGAAGGAACCGCUGAGCCGUCAAUCGUUUGCUGUGGGCACCCGCGAUCUUCUGUUGGCUUUGCGUGGCACGCACCAUCAGCUAACCUUGGCACAACUCCGCGUUGUGAUGGCCACAGCCUUCGAACGCUUCGACCUCGACGGCGACGGCAUUUUGUCUGUGGACGAGUUCUCAGCGGCCUUGCACAGUUUCAACAUCAAGCUGGGUGCUGCAGAGUCCAAGGCGCUGCUCCGCUUUUUGGCACCGAACAACGGGCAUUCGUUGCAUUUGGAGCGAAAGGACCUGGCGGCUGCCGAGCGCGCGCAAAAUCUACAGGACCAGCUGGAUACAGCGAUUGCCGGUGCCAAGGACAAGAUGGAGGAUAGUUUCGACUGGAGCAAUGCCGUCGAGGUGACGAGCAGCCUCCUGCAGGCGGCCCAGGAGCCAGGCCGGCCGAUGGGAUGUGUUCUCACCGCAGCCUGUGGUGACAAGAAUGCUUCCAGGGUGGCGGAUGCAGCAGAGUUGGCUGCAACAGUCGCUGGCGCGGCUAUGGUACUGCUUGCUCACACGCACGUCUCAGAUGCGGCGGACAUGAACACAGCUGUCCAGUGGGUCGAACAGGUUCGCGCAGCUGCUGACGUCUUCGGCGGUGCCGUCCACGACCUCUUCCAAUCUGGACCGAUGGGGCCCGUCCUCAUCUCCGGCAUCCUCGGCGCGGCGAAAGCUCUUGGCUCCCAGGAGCUCGUCGCUCUGGACGAGAACGAGGCCUUGCUUUAUGCCAAAAGCUUUCACCGCAAGGGGUGUUCGACCAGUUGCUUUCACAAGCUCCUGGCCUGUGGCGGCUGCCGUUGGGGUGAAGCAGCUGCUGGCCAAUCGCUCCUGGCGACAGGGUGCGAGGAGUUGCGAAUUCUGGUCCGCGGGAAGGCGAUCAUUCACGAACAUGGACAAGCAGUGCAAGUGCUUCCGCCCACAAUCAUUCGCAAAGGCUCAGCAGAGGAGGUCAUUGCUGCAGAAGCUAGCACCUACGUGGCUUGGGAUGCUGCAAAGCUUCGCGAGCUCCUUGUGAACGUGAAAGACAAGGAGUUGGUCUCACUGGUCCAAUCCAUGCUCGAGGAAGCAGGAUGCCUGGAGCAGCCAGUUGUUUGCGAACCCAGCCCCGCUCAGAGCGCUCCCGAGCAGCCUUCUGCAGAUGGUUGGCUGUCUCCGGUCUGUGAGGCGCUGAAGCUGCAAGCGAAGCGCAAAGGCCUGGCAAGCUGCACCCACUUCAACGAGGGGCUUCAUUGCAUCCUGCAGAAAGAGCACACCUCCGUGCGAGAGAAGAUGGACCAAUGUCGAGCAUUGUUCGUCAAUUGCACCUUGGCGCUAAUCCCACAGCCCAUGAUACACCUCCACACAAGCUGCUCGGACCGCUGCGUACCCGAACAGGCCAUCAGGAGAAAUAGGAUAGAACCGCCGACUCAGAAAGCAUGUCAUGGUGCCCAGCAGCUCUGCACAGGGCAUCGGCUAAAGGCCGCCAUCUUGCGCAUGGCAUCCUGCAUCAUGCUGGUUGUUCGUGUAGACACUUGA